AGACGGCCGCGCAUCAGAAAACAUCUUCAACAAAAACCUCUAGACCUCUACAGGUGUUCAAAGAAGACAAAUAGUUUUUUCCAGAAUGGGAUCGUCAGCUGUUCAGAUGGCAUGUGUGGCCUUCGGGGUCGUCGGGCUCAUUGGGGUCAUCGUCUGUUGUGCCCUUCCUCUCUGGAAAGUGUCAGCCUUCAUAGGAAACAACAUUGUGACGGCGCAGGAGAGUCAAGCAGGUCUGUGGAUGGAGUGUGUGAAGCAGAGCACUGGGCAGCAGCAGUGCAAAGUGUACGACUCCCUGUUGCAGUUAGGCUCUGACCUUCAGGCCGCCCGCGCCAUGACCAUCAUCAGCUGCAUGCUCAGUGUGCUCAGCCUCCUCAUCCUCUUCUGCGGUGCCGACUUCACCAUAUGUAUUCAGAACGAAGAGGUCAAGCCCAAAAUCAGCCUGGUGGCCGCAGUGGGCCAGAUCCUGGCCGGCCUGCUGGUGAUCAUCCCCGUCAGCUGGUCGGCACACAACACUGUGAGAGACUUCCACAACCAAUUGGUGCCCGACUCCCUGAAGCGAGAGAUGGGAGCGUGCAUCUAUAUCGGCUGGGCAGCCGGUGUACUGAUGCUCCUGGCUGGAGGUCUGCUCUGCUGCUUCAGCAGACCCAGAUCCGGCAGCUCCGGAGGAACCGCCAAGUACUACAGCAACAGCGCUUCAGCGCCAAACAAGAACUACGUGUAGAGGCCGUGUGGUACCAGAACCUGUAAAUACUUUAUGCUAAUAAUAUCUGAAUCUGAUUAUUAUUUCCAUAAUUUUAACAGUUGGUGCUGGAAGGCAUGAGCUCUGUAAAGUUUUAUUUCAAACAGUUUCUGAGCUGUUUUUUCUUUCUAUCUUGGCAAAAUAGUUGAAUUUCCAUGAAUUUUCUAGAAAUUUGUGACAUAAUGAUGAAAAAGACAUAUGAAGAAGACUCUGUAAGCAGCCAAAUGACAUAUUACAUGGAUUGUUACAGGCAAGUUACAAGACAAUAACCCAAAUGAUCGUGUUGUUUGCUGAUUUAGUCCAUUUUAUGUUCAUGAUUUCUCUGCUGCCUACCAGAUUUUCCUCAGGAAACAUUUUCAUUGUUGUGUUUCUCAGGCUUCUGCAUUACUUUCUAUUCAUAAAACUGGUUUUGUUUCUCAUUUUGUACAUUGACCGCGAGAAAUUAUUAAAGCUUCGUCAGCUACAGAUAUGUAUGGAAAAAUGAAUAAAAUGUAUCGAAAAACACCAAA